CCGGGAAGCGAAGACAUGUGGGCGCGGGCAGUGCGGGUGCGUCUCGGGGCUCCCCUGCACCGGGGCCGAGGCUUCGCUUCCGGAGCGGGAGCACAGGAAAAGGUGCCGGCCGCGAAGAUCGAGCACCUGCAGCGGCUGGCGCUGGUGAACUUCGGCAGCCGCGAGGCGGUGGCCCGGCUGGAGAAAGCCAUCGCCUUCGCUGAUCAGCUGCACGCCGUGGACACCGACGGGGUGGAGCCCCUGGAGUCCGUCCUGGAGGACAGGUGUCUCUACUUGAGGUCUGACAGGGUAGCAGAGGGCGGGUGUGCUGGAGAGCUGCUACGGAACUCCCGUUACGUGGUGGAGGAGUACUUCGUGGCGCCCCCAGGUAAUAUUUCUUUGCCAGACAUGGUAAACAAGACCCCUCCUCCCACAGCAGAGUAGCUAUUAUAAACUGGACAUUGAUGGUUUCUUGCUGACAGCAGAGCUGGAAAACACCCAGCUAACAGAACACCACAAGCCUGCUUCCAAGGAAACCGACCAAGUACUCAGAGGCCUAU